CCGUGUUUAGAUAAUAUGGCCUGGGGAAAAGUGAAGCCAGAAUGGGACAAAAGUCAACGAACAAGUGCAUCAAAGAGUACCAUCUAUUAUCAGGAUAUUCGUCCAGCCAGAGAGUUUAGUAGGAUAUUCAUUCAAUCGAGAACAAAGGAUGGUCAAAUCAAACGGAUUGGUGGGGAUUCAUGGAGAGUGUAUCUACGUGGACCGUCAUCCAUUGCUGCCACUGUGUUUGAUCAUAAUAAUGGCACAUACGAAGCUCUGUUUCUCGUUAAGGAACCAGGGACGUACACACUAAAAGUCAUUCUUGAUUUUAGCUUAUGUGAUGGGUUUAGGGAUCCUCCUAUCGAUUGGUUUAUCAAAGAUAUCUUAUCACCGGAGUCAUCCUGUGAUGAAGCGUGUGAUUUCCUGCUGGAUGGAUUUGGUCGAUGGAUCAACGACAAUGAAUGGCUUCCUUACAUGAACGAGUCAAGCAAUGCAAGAAUAGAACCGGGGACACAGUCAGCAGGUUCACUGAUAGUGUAUGGGGACUCAUUAGCAUAUCGGUUUGGAUUAUCUAUCGCAAGGAACAAAAAUGUGUGUGGUGGAAUGUACAAGACGUGUUCUUAUAGAUAUAACUGGAUCUACCCUAUUAACACAACAACAAAAGAACAACGAAUAAACCUCUUCAACGCCUACGCAACGUGGGCAAUGUGCAAGGCUGGGAUCCCUGUGCUUGACGUACAUCCUGUUUCAGAAUCCUUCGCGCCUGGUGCCUAUGAUGUGACUCAUUAUAAAGAUUUUGUAUUCAAUAAUGCUGAAAAAGCCUUGGAAGCCUUCAAAAUAAACGAACUAAAUGGCAGGCAAAGUUUUAGAACGCAGUUCUUGGGUUCUAAAUGUAACCUGCUCAAAAAAAUUAUAAAAAAUUGA